AUGCUGUUUGUUGCCUCGGAGGGUAAAUCGCGACUUAUUGACUUAGAGACGAAGGCUGUACAGAGGACAUGCACGACGAGCCACAUUGAAAGGCGAGGGUUGACGUACUGUGCGUCGUUACGGGCUGUUAUUGCACACCAGUCACGAGGUUGCUCGUCUUUUUUUUCACCCAACACACAGCAGCCCUUGCAGAGAAGCUUUACGUUGGAGUCAAUCGUGUCCUCCGCAUGCACCGUUGACGGUGUAUUUCUUAUUGGUGGAACAGCAGGAGGAAACUUGUAUGUGUGGAACACACUCACAGGGCAACUGCAUCAUCUUGUUAGGGCCCAUACGCGUCGUAUAACAGACAUCACUAUUUCCUCUGACCAGUCCUUACUCGUUACGGCCUCUGAGGAUUCUGUGUGCAAGACCUGGACGUUAGCAGGUUUGGUAAGCCGGGGGGUGAGGACAAUCACUCCAUGCGCCCUCUUUAAUGGGCACACCCUAGCGGUGAAUACAUGCUCUUUUAUGGAAAGCGGAUUUAUGGUUGUGACGGGGUCGGCCGAUCGCACCUGUCGCAUAUUUCAUGCAUUAACUGGUCGACAGCAACUCGUAAUCACUCUGGAUGAUGCACCGACGGCAGUACGAUCCUCGCCAGAUGAUGAGAUGAUUCUUAUUGGCUCUGCGAAUGGCUCACUCUUCUUUGUCAAUUUAUAUGAAAAUGCUUCACAGCAAAGUCUACCAAUAAAUUUGCAUAGUCGCGAGGAACGCGUUACGGAGCGCAAAGUGUUUCAGGAUGGACAUGGUGGUGCCAUUCUGUUUAUUUGGUUCGACGCGGCACGUCCGGGAUACGCCGUUGUGGGAAGUGAAAAUGGGACUGUGUUGUGGUGGAACAUUUCUACAAAAGCGGCGCACAGCGAGGCAUUCCCCCGUUUCUCCGGAGGCGUGUUGAGUAUUUGUUAUGUGCCUAGGGAGAGCUUGACGACCCCGCCAUGGCCUUGCGUCGGCCUUAUGAAACAUCCACUUGACCCGUCUUCUACGGACUACAUUGUCCUCUCCGCACCGACUGAGCACGCUGCGGUAGAGAAGCCCUGCGUGACACCGCCACAACGCCGCUGCCGUGAAUCGGACGCUAAUGCUGAGGAUGGUGGUGAGGAGACGAAUGUGAAAAUGGAGGAGACAAGUGACAGCCAGUGCCGUUUGAACGCGAUCCGGCGCCGGAGAGAGAAGAAUGAUGAGUUGCAGACUCUUCGAGAUCGACUAAAGGCAAAACUGCAGAUGCUAACGGCUUCCCAAGGCAGUGCGAGAUAA